ACUGAUAUGGUUGGUGUUACAGACAUCUAAAAGAAUAAAUAUGAGUGUAGGCUGUGAUCUCUCUUUUCUGGAAGAGCUAACUUCAAAUGCCAAGCAAAUACAAGAUGAUGUAUUGGACAAGAUACUCAAAGCUAACGCAAACACAGAGUAUCUCCACCGUUUUCUCGAAGGGAGCUCUGACAAAGAGCUAUUCAAGAAGAACGUACCAGUGGUGAGCUAUGAAGAUCUUAAGCCUUACAUCGAUCGUGUGGCAAACGGAGAACCCUCGGACAUUAUUUCGAGCGAACCCAUUACUACGUUUAACCGAAGCUCUGGAACUUCAAGCGGGAAUCAAAAGAUAUAUCCUGCGAACCACAUCUACUUUGAAAAUCUGCAAAUCGGCUAUUCACUAUGCUCUGUCCUUAUGUCCAAGUAAUAAAUAUUUACAUGCUUUUUUUUGUGUGCUGCCAAGUAAUUAUUUGACGCCGAAGAUGGAUUGAUAUCUUUUUGGUUGAUAUUUAAGGCAUUUCGAUGGUUAUAAGCAAGGAAAGGUGAUGAUGUUUAGGUUCAUUCACCGGACUGUUGGAUUAAGCUUGAAAAGAAAAGAAGAUUGAGAUGCAAGGAGUUAUCCUAAUCUACCGAGUUAUGGAGAUAUACACAUAUAUAUUUAGGAGUUAUCUAAUAUUGUUAUAUCUAUUAAGAUUAGGAUAAGCAUAAGCCCUAUAUAAGUAUGUGUCAAAGUUGUGACAUACCUUAACGGAGCUAGGGGAUUAAACUUGAGUUUUGAGUCAGUUUCUCAGGUUUAUAAUAAGAGAGUUAUACUUAUUUGAUCCUUGUGUUUCAAUAUUUGGUAUCA